AUGGUAGGCGUGGAAGUAGAAGACGUCGAAUAUGUCGACUCAGAUGCCGAAGAGUUUGUUUCCCAUAUCGAAACUGCCGUAUCAGAGGAUGCCCCGUUCAGAGGUACUGUCGUAUAAGAUGCAGAAACCCUUGCAGAUUCGUCAAGAGAUCAUUUUUAGAUGAAAGUGAAGAACCAGCUUUACCUUCAAAGUUUACAGUGUAUGACAGUAACAGCGAUGGUGAGCUAACAAGAGGAGAGUUUACUGAUGCUAUUGACCUGAUGCAGGAAGAUGGUCGAGAAUUGUUUGAAAUCAUUGACACCAACUCUGAUCAGAAGAUAACUUGCGAUGAAUUCAAGCAGGCCACAAGAGAUGUAGCUGAUGGUGAACCGAGCUGUGACUGA